AUGUGUUUGUUUCUUUUGCUGAUCGGUGUGGCGUUCAAACCUAUAUCAGCAUCUUUUUUCGAAUACAUAUGGCCAGUGGAUGAGGACGGCGAGUCUUCAACGGCAGUUGAUACCUUUCCUGCUGUACCGUACGAGCUGUCCGAGGGCGAUGAGAAUUUCAUCCGCGAAGCAUCCAAAUGGAUCGGUAUGAAUCUUUCUAAACUGGACCUUUGCCAUCAUCGCAUCAUUCUGAAGUUGAAAAAGUCCUGCAACGAUCUGAACGCAGAGCAAAUGGGCAAACUGUCCGUGAUGUUGCUCAACUGUCAGUCGGAUUCCGAGGGCCGCCCACUGUUUGCGUGUACCGACGAAAUGCCGCUUCGUCGUUGUACCGAGAGAAUGGAUCCGGAUACGUGGAACGCUUAUCAUCUGAUUACGAAUCGUGCAAAGGCGGUGUGCGCCAGCGUGCGGCAUGAGCAAUUCCGGGGCCUUACCGAGCUGACAGUAAAUAAACUCAUGAGUACAGCGCACGAGCAGGUCCGGAUGAUGGAUGAGUUGGCUGGGAACCAACAGAAGCUCCAGAGCAUCACAAAACAAGCGGUCGACGAGAUGGUGGGCAACAACGAGCGCAUCAUGAACCAGCAGGGAGACAUCAUGAAACUUUCUGAAGUGCACCGCGCGAAGGUGGAGUCAAACUUUCGGGAUUUGAUUCGCGAAAAAGGCCUUAUUAAGGCAGGACAGCAAGAGGUCGCGUCGUUGUUAACCGAUUUGCGUAAUCGCAUUGACGACAGCAUGCGCCAGCUCGAGCUACAGUCGAAGCGCAGCAAGUUGAACCACGAUUCGCUGCUGACCGAUCUGGAGCGUUUGCAGGAUAAUGCGGCGGAAAUUGCGGCCAAGAUAGAUGAAACCGGGCUGCACUUUGCAGAGCAUCACCGCGUAGCUGAGGAACAGUACCGGUACACGCUGGAGCAGCUGCAGCGAAUUAAUACGACUGUCUCAAACCUGCUCGAAUCGCUUGGCACGCUUCAGCAGGAUUUCAAUCGUCAUUUGUCCUGGCUGGUAGAGAAGAUUGGAGGUAGCGAGAAUAUAUUGCAAAAGCUUAAUGUUAUUCUGCUGCAUUUUAGCUAUCUACUGGUGGGAAUGAUUUGUCUCGCUUUUGUCGGCGCGGAUAAAUUCCUGCGAGUUGUGUUCAUAGCUGCCGUUCCUGGAAAUCUCAUAGGCGGGUUACUGAAUCUUUUCGAUCCGGACAUAUUGCGGCUUUCAGCGGGAUUAGCAGCUAUAAUAGCGAUAGAUUUGGUAACUCGUUUGAGUAUGAAGUGUGUCGCGUUGCGAGCUGCGACGGCAGAAGAUUCGGGACAAACAGGACACGGUCGUACGGGUAUCAGUAGGCCCGUUAGCGGCCAAGCUCCACGUUCUACAGAUAAUAGUGAUGAAGAUGAUGAUCAAGGUAGUGACCGAGUACAUGAUACUAUUCGAGCCACCCCACGCCUUCGGGAAAGUGAAUCUCGAGAACGAUCGACCAGUUCUACGGCGUUCGAUUCAUUUCGGCGAAGCGUUUCGCGGUUAGGUGAUGACCUCCGGAGACGUCAUGGGAACACCUCGGAAGAUGCACAACGCCAGCACUGCUCUGCCAGAACCCUGCGUGGUGACCGAUGCAGGGGAUUCGCUCUAGCUGGAACCGAAUUUUGCCGAUUGCACGAACCGAGAGGGUUGUAACUGGUAGCUAUUCAAUUUGCUUUCAUUUAUGUAUUGUUUACGUGCAGUUGUGUGUUAGUUUAUGUCCAUGUGUUUCCGUUACUUUAGUUUUCGGGGUGUUAGAUAUUUUUUAGUUUAUGUUUUUGGUGGGAUGAUAAUCCUGAAUUUUAGUAAUUUGUAUAAUUGAAAACAAUGUCUCGGUUAUGGAGGUCAUUCUGUAUAUUUUGUGGUGCUGCUCGCCACACAAGUUAAUAGUUAUCAGUCAGCCAUAUGUGCGAUGAAAAGUAAGUUAUAAUUAUACCGAUUUCUAUGUUGUUUUAUGUACCUCGCUUUGACCCAAUUAACCUCGAUAGCCAAUGCACUGAUUGUAAGAAUUUUAAUUAAUUACAUAUUAAGUUAUUUUCUUUUAAGAAUAUUCAAAUUUUUAAAUUUGAAAAUAGGAAAACAAGUUAUUGUGUAAAGUUGCGAAUAAAUUGUUUAAUGGAGUAUUUAUUAUAUCAAAGCUAAGCGAACCAUGAUACCUUGUUAGUGAGCUAAGAAAAUAGAAUAAUAAUUAGUUACCGGUAAUAUGAAUUGAAAAUAAUUGUUUAAAUUUGAUAUUUAUUAUCAAGUAUAAUUUAAAACAUAUUUCUUUGUGUGUGUACUUGUGUAA